AUGAAUGAAAAGCCCUGCUUUGCAGCCCCUCAGCAUGGCAGGCCUGCAGCUCAUGACCCCUGCUUCCUCACCAAUGGGUCCUUUCUUUGGACUGCCAUGGCAACAAGAAGCAAUUCAUGAUAACAUUUAUACGCCAAGAAAAUACCAGGUUGAGCUGCUGGAAGCAGCUCUGGACCACAACACCAUUGUGUGCUUGAACACUGGCUCAGGGAAGACGUUCAUCGCCGUCCUGCUCACCAAAGAGCUGGCCCACCAGAUCAGGGGCGACCUCAGUCCGCAUGCAAAAAGGACUGUGUUCCUCGUCAACUCUGCAAACCAGGUUGCUCAACAAGUGUCAGCUGUCAGAACUCACUCAGAUCUCAAGGUUGGGGAGUACUCAAACCUCGAAGUGAAUGCAUCUUGGACAAAAGAGAGAUGGAGCCAAGAGUUUACUAAGCACCAGGUUCUCAUUAUGACUUGCUAUGUCGCCUUGAAUGUUUUGAAAAAUGGUUACUUAUCACUGUCAGACAUUAACCUUUUGGUGUUUGAUGAGUGUCAUCUUGCAAUUCUAGACCACCCCUAUCGUGAAAUUAUGAAGCUCUGUGACAGUUGUCCAUCAUGCCCUCGAAUUUUGGGACUAACUGCUUCCAUUUUAAAUGGGAAAUGUGACCCAGACGAAUUGGAAGAAAAGAUUCAGAAACUGGAAAAGAUUCUCAAGAGUGGCGCUGAGACCGCAACUGACCUGGUGGUCCUGGACAGAUACACUUCUCAGCCUUGUGAGAUUGUGGUGGAUUGCGGACCAUUUACUGACAGAAGUGGGCUUUAUGAAAGACUGCUGAUGGAGUUAGAAGAAGCACUUGACUUUAUCAAUGACUGUAAUGUAUCUGUACAUUCAAAGGAAAGAGAUUCUACUUUGAUUUCCAAACAAAUCCUCUCAGACUGCCGUGCAGUGCUGGUCGUCCUGGGACCCUGGUGUGCAGAUAAAGUAGCGGGGAUGAUGGUAAGAGAACUUCAGAAGUACAUCAAGCAUGAGCAAGAGGAGCUACACAGGAAGUUCUUAUUGUUUACAGACACUCUGCUAAGGAAGAUCCAUGCACUGUGUGAGGAGUACUUCUCCCCUGCCUCGCUUGACCUGAAGUACGUAACUCCCAAAGUCAUGAAGCUGCUCGAGAUCCUGCGCAAAUACAAGCCCUACGAGCGACAGCAGUUCGAGAGUGUUGAGUGGUACAAUAACAGGAAUCAGGAUAAUUAUGUGUCCUGGAGUGAUUCUGAGGACGAUGACGAUGAUGAAGAAAUUGAAGAAAAAGAAAAGCCAGAGACAAAUUUUCCUUCUCCAUUUACCAAUAUUUUAUGUGGAAUUAUUUUUGUGGAAAGAAGAUACACAGCAGUUGUCCUAAACAGAUUGAUAAAGGAAGCUGGCAAACAAGAUCCAGAGCUGGCUUAUAUCAGCAGCAACUUUAUAACUGGGCAUGGCAUUGGAAAGAACCAGCCUCGCAGCAAGCAGAUGGAGGCGGAGUUCAGAAAGCAAGAGGAGGUACUUAGGAAAUUUCGAGCACAUGAGACCAACCUGCUCAUUGCAACAAGUGUUGUAGAAGAGGGUGUGGACAUUCCCAAGUGCAAUUUGGUGGUUCGUUUUGAUUUGCCCACAGAGUAUCGUUCUUACGUUCAGUCUAAAGGACGGGCACGAGCACCGAUCUCUAAUUAUGUAAUGUUAGCAGACACAGACAAAAUAAAGAGCUUUGAAGAAGACCUCAAGACCUACAAAGCUAUAGAAAAGAUCUUAAGAAACAAGUGUUCAAAGUCAGUGGAUGGUGCUGAGGCUGACGUCCAUGCUGUUGUAGAUGAUGAUGAUGUUUUCCCGCCAUAUGUACUGAGGCCUGAUGAUGGGGGUCCUCGAGUCACGAUCAACACUGCCAUUGGACACAUCAACAGAUAUUGUGCUCGAUUACCAAGUGAUCCGUUUACGCAUCUAGCUCCCAAAUGUAGAACCCGAGAAUUGCCUGAUGGUACAUUUUAUUCAACUCUUUAUCUUCCGAUUAACUCACCUCUUCGAGCCUCCAUUGUUGGUCCACCGAUGGGCUGUGUACGGCUGGCUGAGAGAGUGGUAGCUCUCAUCUGCUGUGAAAAACUGCACAAAAUUGGUGAACUGGAUGAACAUUUGAUGCCAGUUGGGAAAGAGACUGUUAAGUAUGAAGAAGAACUUGACUUACAUGAUGAAGAGGAGACCAGCGUUCCAGGGAGACCAGGAUCCACAAAACGAAGGCAGUGCUACCCCAAAGCAAUUCCAGAGUGCUUGAGGGAGAGUUACCCCAAACCCGAUCAACCCUGUUACCUGUAUGUGAUAGGAAUGGUCUUAACCACCCCCCUUCCUGAUGAGCUCAACUUCAGGCGGCGGAAGCUCUACCCUCCUGAGGACACCACCAGAUGCUUUGGGAUCCUGACAGCCAAACCCAUACCUCAGAUCCCUCACUUUCCUGUGUAUACUCGCUCUGGAGAGGUCACCAUAUCCAUCGAGCUGAAGAAGUCUGGUUUCACAUUGUCUCAGCAAAUGCUUGAGCUGAUUACGAGACUGCACCAGUACAUAUUCUCACACAUUCUCCGGCUCGAGAAGCCUGCCCUGGAGUUUAAACCCACAGGCGCUGAGUCAGCAUACUGUGUUCUACCUCUUAAUGUUGUUAAUGACUCCAGCACUUUGGACAUUGACUUUAAAUUCAUGGAGGAUAUUGAGAAGUCUGAAGCUCGUAUAGGCAUUCCCAGCACUAAGUAUUCAAAAGAAACACCGUUUGUUUUUAAGUUAGAAGAUUACCAAGAUGCAGUUAUCAUUCCAAGAUACCGCAAUUUUGAUCAGCCUCAUCGAUUUUAUGUAGCUGAUGUGUAUACUGAUCUUACCCCACUCAGUAAAUUUCCUUCCCCUGAAUAUGAAACUUUUGCAGAAUAUUAUAAAACAAAGUAUAACCUUGACCUGACCAAUCUCAACCAGCCACUGCUGGAUGUUGACCACACAUCUUCCAGACUGAACCUUCUGACCCCUCGGCAUUUGAAUCAGAAGGGGAAAGCACUUCCUCUAAGCAGUGCUGAAAAGAGGAAAGCCAAAUGGGAAAGUCUGCAGAACAAACAGAUACUGGUUCCGGAACUCUGUGCUAUACAUCCAAUCCCAGCAUCACUGUGGAGAAAAGCAGUUUGUCUCCCCAGCAUACUGUAUCGCCUUCACUGCCUUCUGACUGCGGAGGAGCUCAGAGCUCAGACAGCCAGCGAUGCUGGCGUAGGAGUCAGAUCACUUCCGGCCGAUUUUAGAUACCCUAACUUAGACUUCGGGUGGAAAAAGUCUAUUGAUAGCAAGUCUUUCAUCUCAACCUGUAACUCCUCGUUGGCUGAGAGUGAUAAUUACUGUAAGCACAGCACAACUGUAGUCCCUGAAAAUGCUGCACAUCAAGGUGCUACUAGACCCUCCUUAGAAAACCAUGACCAAAUGUCUGUGAACUGCAAAAGGUUGCCCGCCGAGUCACCUGCUAAGCUCCAAAGUGAGGUUUCAGUGGAUCUUACAGCAAUCAAUGGUCUUUCUUACAAUAAAAGCCUUGCCAAUGGCAGUUAUGAUUUAGUUAACAGAGACUUUUGCCAAGGAAAUCAGCUGACUUACUUCAAGCAGGAAAUACCUGUACAACCAACUACCUCAUAUCCCAUUCAGAAUUUAUACAAUUAUGAGAACCAGCCCACGCCCAGCAAUGAAUGUCCUCUACUGAGUAAUAAGUACCUUGAUGGGAACGCUAACACAUCUACCUCAGACGGAAGCCCCGCAGGGUCCCCGAGGCCUGCCAUGAUGACUGCUGUUGAAGCACUGGAGGGCAGGACAGACUCUGAGCAGAGCCCUUCUGUGGGGCACUCCUCAAGGACUCUCGGCCCCAACCCAGGACUGAUUCUUCAGGCUUUGACACUGUCAAACGCUAGCGAUGGGUUUAACCUAGAGCGGCUUGAGAUGCUUGGCGACUCCUUCUUAAAGCACGCUAUCACCACGUAUCUGUUUUGCACAUACCCUGAUGCUCAUGAGGGCCGCCUUUCAUAUAUGAGAAGCAAAAAGGUCAGCAACUGUAACCUGUACCGCCUUGGCAAGAAGCAGGGACUGCCCAGCCGCAUGGUGGUGUCGAUAUUUGAUCCUCCUGUGAAUUGGCUUCCUCCUGGUUAUGUGGUAAACCAAGACAAAAGUAACUCGGAGAAAUGGGAAAAGGAUGAAAUGACAAAAGACUGCUUGCUGGCUAAUGGCAAACUGGGUGAGGACUGUGAGGAGGAGGAGGAGGAGCUGGCGUGGAGGGCUCCCAAGGAGGAGGCAGAGUAUGAAGACGACCUCCUGGAGUAUGACCAGGAGCACAUUCAGUUUAUAGACAGCAUGCUAAUGGGCUCAGGAGCCUUUGUGAAGAAAAUUCCUCUUUCUCCCUUUUCCACCUCUGAUUCUGCAUAUGAAUGGAAAAUGCCCAAAAAGUCCUCCCUGGGCAGUAUGCCGUUUUCCUCAGACCUUGAGGAUUUUGAUUACAGCUCUUGGGAUGCAAUGUGCUAUCUGGAUCCUAGCAAAGCCGUUGAAGAGGAUGACUUUGUGGUAGGUUUCUGGAAUCCAUCAGAAGAAAACUGUGGCGUUGACACAGGGAAGCAGUCCAUUUCUUACGACUUGCACACGGAGCAGUGCAUCGCGGACAAGAGCAUAGCGGACUGCGUGGAGGCCCUGCUGGGCUGUUACUUAACCAGCUGUGGUGAGAGGGCUGCUCAGCUCUUCCUCUGCUCGCUGGGGCUGAAGGUGCUCCCAGUCAUCAAAAGGACCAGCCGGGAGAAGGCCUCGUACCCUGCUCAGGAGAACUCAAGCAGCCAACAGAAGAGCCCUUCAGGGAGCUGUGCUGCUGCAGUCAGUCCCCGCUCCUCUGCAGGGAAAGACUUGGAGUAUGGCUGCUUGAAGAUCCCGCCAAGGUGUAUGUUUGACCAUCCAGAUGCAGAGAAAACCCUGAACCACCUCAUAUCUGGGUUUGAAAAUUUUGAAAAGAAAAUCAACUACAUAUUCAAGAAUAAGGCUUACCUUCUGCAGGCUUUUACACAUGCUUCCUACCACUACAACACUAUUACUGAUUGUUACCAGCGCUUAGAAUUCCUGGGAGAUGCGAUUUUGGACUACCUCAUAACCAAGCACCUUUAUGAAGACCCACGGCAGCAUUCUCCAGGGGUCCUGACUGACCUGCGCUCUGCCCUCGUCAAUAACACCAUCUUUGCGUCGCUGGCUGUGAAGUAUGACUACCACAAGUACUUUAAAGCCGUCUCUCCUGAGCUCUUCCACGUCAUCGAUGACUUCGUGCAGUUUCAGCUGGAGAAGAACGAGAUGCAAGGAAUGGACUCUGAGCUUAGGAGAUCCGAGGAGGAUGAGGAGAAAGAAGAGGACAUUGAAGUCCCCAAGGCCAUGGGAGACAUUUUUGAGUCUCUUGCUGGUGCCAUUUAUAUGGACAGUGGGAUGUCCCUGGAGGUGGUCUGGCAGGUGUACUACCCGAUGAUGCGGCCUCUAAUAGAAAAGUUUUCUGCAAAUGUGCCUCGUUCUCCAGUAAGAGAAUUGCUUGAGAUGGAACCAGAAACUGCCAAGUUUAGCCCAGCAGAGAGAACUUACGAUGGGAAGGUCAGAGUCACCGUGGAAGUGGUGGGAAAGGGGAAGUUCAAAGGUGUCGGCCGGAGCUACAGGAUCGCAAAGUCUGCUGCAGCACGAAGAGCCCUCCGCAGCCUCAAAGCUAACCAGCCUCUGGUUCCUAACAGCUGAAGCUUCCAGACGCACAGGCGGCAAGGCAGUGACCAGACCAUAGCAGCACACCACAAAGGAUGACUCAAGCCGACACCCAGCAGAAAGAUUGACGGCAGAACUUAAAGUUUGAUAAUGAGAUAGAUAACAGAAUAAAACCUUUAAUAUGUGUAUAAACUCUUUGGAACUAA